GACUUGAUGACCCUGCAAGCAGUGGACACCGUCAAACUCAACGAGUCGGACCUGAAGGCGUUAGUCCACGACGCAGACCGCGACGGCAAUGGAUACUGCACAGCAGAGGAUUUAUACCAUGCUCUGACGCAAGGCGUUCUGGCUUUCAACCUCGUCAAAGAAGGCCUUCGCAAGAAAGAGGUCGAGCUCAAGUCCCACCAAAUCGAGCGCGAGAAGCUUUUGGAAUGGAUGAAGUUUGAAUACGAGACAAGCACCGCACUGUGGUCCCUGCCUAUGACGAUUGGCUCCUUUAUCGCAUUCUCCUGGGUCGCGGCAACACACAUUGACCUCUUUCACAGUUGGCGCGUGCACAAUGCCCUCCUAGAGCGCUUCCCGACGCUAACCGUGACGCCCAAGAGGAAGUACGUGGAUAUACCUACUCUGAAUACAUGGACAAGGGACCACUACCUCCCAACCGUUUUUCGACAAGAUGACAUUUAUGAUCCCGUGCCGGGACGGCUGGCUGAGCAGAACCAGAUGAUCACUGGAGUUCGGUUUGCAAAGGGCUUCUACGAGCCCUCACCGUGCCCAACCAACGAAAUCCUCGGUCGCAUCUUCGACUCCAGGAACAGUGAAUGCACUCGCACAGGGGAUCUGCAGUGGGACUACAUCGUGUUUCCGUACCAGCUUGAGAAGAGACUUUUGCUGGAACAGUUCGACACACUGGUGUCGAUACCUUGGCUGGACGAUCGGGUGCAGGUUCUUGAGUACCAGGUAUUCCUUUACAAUGCCAACGUUAACCUCUUCACGCUGGAGAUCAUCCAGUUCGAGUUUGAGCCGAGUGGUUUGAUGAAGCCGAGGCAGCACUACGAGAGCUUUUCUGCAGAGCCAUAUCUGGCUGUCACCAGCCUCAUUCCGGAUGUUUUUUUUGUCAUGAUAACGUUGAGGGUCGUCUACACCAACAUCAAGGAGAUGAUACCCGCGAUAAUGGCUGGCCUGGACGGCUUCAUGAACUAUUGGAGCUUCUGGAAGGUUCUGGAGUGGAUUUCCCUGAUUUUCGGUGGCGUCUGCUUCGGGAUGUGGGUGACGGUCUUCUUUAAGAUUACAAUCGACCUGCCUGCGGCCCUGGAGACACUGCCCAAAGGAGAAUUCGAUCGGCAAGUCCAGCUGAAGGGGGCUUUGGAGGAAAAGAAACUGGCCUACUUGAACUUCCAGGAACUUGAGGCCGUAAUGAGUCUCGGCGAAAUCGAAGAGAAGCUCAAUGUCAUCAUGACAAUUGGAAACUCCAUCCGCGACGACUCCGAGCUCAUGCGGAAUAUGUUCGCCUUGAACUUUAUGGUCGUGGUCUUUCGCUUCUUCAAGUCCUUUCAGGCCAACCCGUGGCUGGACAUCGUGGUUCAGACUCUGGUGCACUGCACGCCCAAUGUGGCACACUUUUUCCUGGUCUUCUCGGCCAUCUUCACGUGCUACGCCUUCGCUGGCCAUUUCCUGCUGGGGAAUGUCUUGAAAGGCUACUCGAAUGCUCCGUCCGCCUUGUUCUCGCGCUAUCGGUCUACCGUGGGCGCGACAGAUUUACAGGAGUUACCAAUCGCCCAGCAGGUCUUGGGCUACACCUGGGUGCUGUCAUACCAACUUCUGGUGGGCUCGCUCAUCUUGAGCAUGCUGAUUGGAAUCGUUUUUGGCUCCUACUACGCAGUGCAGUCGGCGACCCGCAAACCUAUGACUCUGUGGACGCAGGUGCGGAAAGCAUUUCAAACAGCGGCAGAGACCCGCAGUUACCUAAGCCUCUGGAGCUUGAUUGUGCUGAUGGAGGAUGAUGACUAUCCAGCCCAUCCCAACAAGAUCGCCACGUCGCAGUCUUUGAAGAAAGCCUUUGAGAAGGAAAAGAUGUCACGGCAGAACGCCGAGUACUUGAUCCGCAAGAGCGUGGAGUUCCUGAAGGACCGAACUGACAAUCCCGAGUUGGAUCUUCCGGAUGCGGUGAAGAUCAUAGGCAACAGUCACAACCUUUGCCAGAAGCAUGAGGAGUUUCUUCAACAGUCCCACAGCAUGCUCUGCGACAACUUGGGCAAAAGUCCUGGCGAAGAAGGUAUGCCAGAGCCGGUCGGCCUUGUGCAGCCACCCGAGGAACCUCCUGCAGAGGUGACAGCGACGGAAGAUCAGCUUCCGGCGGACUUGCUGCUGAGAGGCUUGGAAAACCUCAUCUCCAUGUUCAACGACAUGAAGCAUUCCCAAGAGGGCAGCCGUGAAAAACUCCUCCAUUGCUUGGCACAGGAGCGCCAGCAGGCAGCCAUGCGACGCCAUCGGCUCCAGGGCAUCGUGGAGGAGUUCCGUUCCAGGGUCCAGCGCGCUCAGCGUGGAGUGGUGCGGCUCGUUCACUUCAUGGGUACGGCCGACUUUGGUAGCAUUGCACAUGUGCCAGACCAGAUCGAAAAUGAUGUGAUGCGCUGCUUCGGUUCGCGGCCAGCGCUGGCGCGAGAGCAGCUGCAGCCGAGCGAGGUUUUGAAGCUGGAGCGGGAAUGCCGGCAGAUUCAGGAGAAGUUUGCUGAGCUGCUGUCCGAGUUUUCCAGCCUUGUGGAAUGCCAGACGACAGUCUGGAACAUUGCCACAAGCAGUCGUCGCCUCGUGGCAAAUAAGUAG